UAAAUUAAGGACGAAGUGUUGUUUUUCAUCUGUUUGCGCGUGCAAAGCCUGCAACAGAGGUAUCGUUCAAACGUGUUACUAUUUGCACAGUAAAAUGUCUUUUAAGGCGGUGGGCACCGCGGUGACACGCACGCUGUGGACUCCUCCGCUCGCGCGGUCCCCCAAAGUGAACAGACUUUCGACAACGUGCAGGGUGUUAACAGCGAGCGAGCAAGGCGGUGAACAAAAUGUACUAAGCUGCAGCGCCGACUCCGACGGCCAGAAUGGCGACGUGCACUUCUCCGGCGAGCCUCUCCACAGAUGCAAGACCGGGGAGAAGAAGCGAGCCAAGGAGCCCGCGGGUGCUCCCGGUGUCAAGAAACGGACGUUCACCUCCACCGCGGCUCCGGUGAAUCAGACGUCCUACCUGUGGGCUCGGUACAAUGACACUAAGCGGCUGGUUCACGACCUGAUCCCACCAGGUGCGUGUAACCUCCUCAACUCCUCCACCAUCUACGCUAACAACGAGGUCGCCCUGGCAGAAGUGGACAUCUACGGCUUUGACUAUGACUACACUCUGGCGAUGUACUCUAAUGCCCUCAACGUAAUGAUCUACAACAAAGCAAGAAGCUUCCUAAUCGAACACUUUAAGUACCCUGAAGGCCUCCGCAAAUAUGACUACAUUCCCAACUUUACCGUUCGAGGUCUGCACUAUGACAUCCAAAAGGGUCUUCUGAUGAAGAUAGAUGCUUUCCAUUACAUUCAGCCAGGAACGGUGUAUCGGGGACUGACCCCGGUGUCGGACAACGAGGUCCUCCAGCUCUUUGGGGGGACUUACCAUGUCCCACUGCAGCAGGACAGCGGCUUCUAUGGAAAGGGUCCAAAGGUUAAGCAGUUCAUGGACAUCUUCUCCAUUCCUGAGAUGACUCUCUUGGCCUCGGCAAAUGAUUUCUUCAUCACCAACGGCAUCGAAUACGAUCCGGUUCACCUCUUCAAGGACAUCUCGGAAGCAAUUGGCAUGGUUCACCUGAAAGGCUACAUGUACAAAUGGGUCAUGGAAGAUCUUGAUAAGUUCAUUCUGAGAGGAGAGGAGACGGAUGCUGUUUUGCAUCGGUUGGUCAGUCAUGGAAAGAAGAUGUUCCUCAUUACCAACAGUCCCUUCAGCUUUGUGGAUAAAGGAAUGACUUACAUGGUGGGAAAAAACUGGAGAGACUUCUUUGAUGUUGUCAUAGUCCAGGCAGACAAACCUCACUUCUUCACCGAUUGUAUCAAACCCUUCAGGCGCUUGGAUGGUAAUGGAGACCUCAAGUGGGAAAAGAUAAACAGUCUGGACAAAGGACAGAUCUACAAACAGGGAAACCUGUUUGACUUUCUCAGACUCACAGGCUGGCGAGGUUCAAGGGUUCUUUACUUUGGAGACCAUCUUUACAGUGACUUGGCUGACCUGAUGUUGCGUCAUGGCUGGCGUACAGCAGCCAUUGUACCUGAGCUGGAGCCGGAAACCAAAGUGGUGAGCACGGACCGGUACACCGUGAGCCUCACCUGGCUACAGGCUUUAACCGGCCUGAUGGAACGCCUACAGACUCAUCGGGAUCCAGAGUCUAAACUGGUUUUUGAAGAAUGGCAGAACGAGAGAGAAGAGCUCAAGGUGAUGACAAAGAACGUGUUCAACCCUCAGUUCGGCAGCAUCUUCCGAACGUGUCACAACCCCACUUACUUCUCCAGGCGACUCUCUCGUUUCUCAGACGUCUACAUGGCCUCCGUCAGCUGUCUCUUGAAUUAUGACCUCGACUACACUUUCUACCCCCGCCGCACCCCCCUGCAGCACGAGGCUCCUCUGUGGAUGGACCAGCUUUGCACCGGCUGCAUGAAGACUCCAUAUCUGGAGGAGAUGUCUCACAUACGAUGAUGAGAUCUGUGCUCUCCUCAGUGACCUGCCGGACAUUUCUUUCAAUGUCUUUUUAAAUUGCCUGGUUUCUUUAGUCAAGAAGGUGGCGCACUACUCGCUGCUCACAGGGCAACGCUUUACUGGAUAGACCCACGUCUCCUGUGACUUCACUGGAAGGCGCUGUCGAUUUACCUGCCGUCCUGAGACCAUGCGAUUCAAGAUGGCCAGACACUCUGGUUGCUGCCUGAAAUGAAAGUGAUAUGAAAUUGAUGAGCAAUAUGGAGCUACCUUCGCACAUGUGCAAAAAUAAUAAAGAAGUACAAUCUGA